AUGGAGCAGAAUUUGCUUUCGUCAGUACAUUCCACAGUGUUUAAAGAGUCAGAAACUCUUGAUGGGAAAUGCAUUAAAAUUGAAGGUUAUGACUUUAAUCAAGGAGUUAACUACUCUAAGCUUCUCAAAUCCAUGGUAUCUACCGGUUUUCAAGCUUCCAACUUUGGAGAUGCCAUUCAAGCUGUCAAUAACAUGCUAGACUGGAGGCUUGCUGAUGAAGAGAUAGCAGAUGAUUGUAGUGAGGAAGAGAGGGAGUUGGCUUAUAGAGAGUCUGUGAGAUGCAAACUGUUCUUGGGUUUUACAUCAAAUCUUGUUUCUUCAGGUGUUAGAGAUACAAUUCGAUAUCUUGUUCAGCAUCAUAUGGUUGAUGUAUUGGUUACAACAGCAGGUGGCAUAGAAGAAGAUCUUAUAAAAUGCCUUGCACCAACAUACAAAGGUGACUUUUCUCUACCUGGAGCUCAAUUACGCUCGAAAGGGUUGAAUCGGAUUGGUAACUUGUUGGUUCCUAAUGACAAUUACUGCAAGUUUGAGGAUUGGAUCAUUCCGAUCUUUGACCAAAUGUUGAAGGAACAAAUCGAAGAGAAUGUUUCCUGGACACCUUCCAAAUUAAUUGCUCGCAUGGGGAAAGAAAUAAAUAACGAGAGUUCGUACCUUUAUUGGGCAUAUAAGAACAACAUUCCAGUAUUCUGUCCAGGCUUAACAGAUGGUUCCCUGGGAGACAUGCUGUACUUUCAUUCUUUCCGUAGCCCUGGCUUAAUUGUUGACAUAGUUCAAGAUAUCAGAGCCAUGAAUGGUGAAGCCGUUCAUGCAAGUCCUAGAAAAACUGGCAUUAUCAUUCUUGGAGGUGGGCUUCCUAAGCAUCAUAUAUGCAAUGCCAAUAUGAUGCGUAAUGGUGCAGAUUAUGCUGUAUUUAUCAACACAGCACAAGAAUUUGAUGGGAGUGAUUCUGGAGCUCAUCCUGAUGAGGCUGUAUCAUGGGGGAAAAUACAAGGUUCUGCUAAAACUGUUAAGGUCCAUUGUGAUGCAACCAUUGCAUUUCCUCUACUAGUUGCCGAAACAUUUGCCCAGAGGAGGAAUAGAUCCUGCAGCAAGACUCAACACUAA